GCUACACUCGCACCUUCGGAGUUUUAGUGAUAGGACACCGCUGCAAAUUCAAACACCAUGAGUGCUGAAUUGCUGGAAUCCCUGAAGAGCAAAUUGUUGCAGUUGGAGUGUCAUUUUACAUGGGGUCUGAAAAAUAACUUCAUUGAUAUUGAAGAUUAUGAAGAAAGGAUGCACAAUGAAAUAAAGUUUGCAGAAAUGAAGUCUGUGUACCACUGCUAUAACCGUCUGGCUUAUGCAAGCCAUUUGAAAGGAAAUUAUGAAGAAGCCCUUGCACGUUUACAGAAAGCUGAAGAAAGCAUAAGGAAAGACCAUGCCAAUGAUGCAGACCAGCAUAGUGUUGUCAAUUAUGGCAACUUUGCAUGGGUGUACUACUACAGAGAUAGAAAAACUGAAUCAGAAAACUAUCUUCAGAAGGUGCAAAAUAUUUGUAAAAAAUUAGGGAGUCCUUCCUUGUAUACAGUUCCUCUUGCUGAAGUAUAUGGCGAAAAAGGCUGGACAUUACUCUCAUUCUGUCGAUCAUAUUAUGUAGAGGCAGCAGAGUGUUUUGAAAAAGCUCUCAAAGAAAAUCCCAUUGACCCAGAGUGUAACACUGGGUAUGCAGUAGCUUUGUACCGUCUUGAAACUCCUGUGUAUGUAAAGUGUAUACCUGAACAGAGUAAAUCCUUACCCCAGCUGAAACGGUCACUAGCAGUGAAUCCAAAUGAUACGUUAUGUAUGGUGUUGCUUGGCUUGAAACUUCAGGACUUUGGUAAACAAAGAGAAGGGCUUGAGUACAUUGAGCAAGCAUUACAGAAGUCUCCAGAUGUUCCACAUGUAAUACGUUAUGUAGCCAAGUUCUUAAGAAAGUAUGGGUCUAUCGAUAUGUCUCUUGACUUGUUAAAUAAAGCAUUAGAAAAGACACCAAACUCUGCAUUCCUACACCACCAAGUGGGUAUCUGUUAUAAACAAAAGAUGUUUCACUUAAGAGAUACUGCUACCAAUCCUAGACGUCACUCCAGAGAAAUAGGUAAUUUAAUAAGAAACGGCAUUUAUCAUUUUGAAUUAGCCGCAGAACUUAAACCACAAUUUCAUUACGCACUUCUGGAUUUGGCAACUAUGUAUAAACAAGCUCACCACUUUGAAAAAGUCGAAGAAUGUUUUAAGAAACUGUACGAUAUACCUAGCCAUACACCGGAGAACCUGCAGGAAAUACAUGUGGAUUAUGCACUGUUCCUACUGAAAAACAAAAAGUUAGAAUCAAAUGCUGUUCUAUAUUUCAAGGAAGGGUUGAAAAUUAAAAAUCCCUCAAAGUCAAGGUGUCUGUGUUCUAGCAAUCUUCUUAAGAUUGCCGAGAGAAAGUUAUAUAUAAAUCCUAAAGAUAGCACAGCUCUUGGCAUUCUUGGAUUUGUUCACCUUCAGAAUGAAAAAAAGUCACAGGCCAUUGAUUGCUACAAGAAAGCCCUGCAGUAUGAUCCUGACAAUGUAGAAUAUUUAAAUGCUCUCACUGAACUUCAACUCUCACUCUAGGAAGGAUUUGUGAUGUACAGCUUCAUAACAAAGGUUAACCAUGAUGUCAAUGAAGUCAGAUAUCUAAAAAUUAACAAGUGUGGAACAGUUUAAAAUAAGCUAGAUGUAAAUACGCCAUUAAUAAUACAAAAAAACCCCCACCAGAAAGUAUGAAGACAAUUGUGUACAGUACCAAAUCCUUAAGUGAAAAAUCAUUCUGCUACUACAGUGAUAUCUUUAACUUAAGAAUUAAAGUUCUUGCAUCAUUCUAAUCACUCAGGUGGACACAUUUCAUUUGCCAAGUAGAGUGAUGGUUAUAUUUCACCUGUGUCAGAAGGAAUAUAAAUAACCUCACUAUCAUUCUUUUUACAUACUUUCUGAGCUCUUAUUUUUGUGUUUUAUUAUUUAUUUUAUUUAAUUAAUUAACUUGUUUAUUCAUUUAUUUACUUUAUGUAGCCCUGCUGACUUCCAGAUAUAAUCCAGGCAAUCUUUCCUCAUGGAGUACUCCUUCUAGCUUUGAACAGCCCUUCCAUUUGGGGAUUCCAUCUCUACAAAAAGAAAUACCUAGCCUCAAUGAAAAAAAAGUUUUGAGUUUGAUAGUGGGAAACAUGAGACAAGAGACAAUACCUGGUAUUAGUUGUCCUGCACCCAUUGCAUUACUGAUGUUGGAAAGGAUUUCAGUGUACCACAGGAAACUUCACAUAAUUAAUCUGGUUUUCUCAUAUGCUUACAUCUUCUCAUUUAUCCAGCACGUGCAGUUAUUGUAUUGUCCAGUGGUGGUUCGAGUCAUGACUCUAAAUCAGCCAUACUUUUCACUUGAAUAUGAAAUAUCAUCUUGUCUCUAAUUUAAUUUAAUACCGUCUGCUCCUACCUGGCUAUUUGUGUGACAUAAAAUCUAUUUCUAAACAUUAGUCACUGGCACUACAGAUGGAUCUGUUUUUGGGGGAGAGUUGGAAGAAAGACAUGAUGAUAACUUAUGUAUUAAUUUCCAUGGUCACAAUACAAUAUGGAAGUAGUUGCAUUUUACCAAAACACAUAUAUUUUUGAACCAAUGCAGUCAAAUGUAAGUGAUAUGAGAAUCUCUGCUUU